AUGGCGAAAAGUGCUCGGGAUUCGGUUAGCACAGCUGUUUCGACAGCUAAUGCUGACGGGAUUGCUUCAAAUAUUGAAAGAACGGAUACUAGAGCUUCGCAAAAACUUCCACGCUUUUUCACGCAACAAGUCCUUAUUGGCUUCCUAAAUGACAUUUUCUCUAGUUGCACAUUCACAAAAAAACCAGAGGUACCUGGAGAAGUACUUGAUUUGGGGAAAGGUACACCUUCAUCAGAUCGACAAUACAUGCUUGUCCUUCGCUUCGAGAAGCAGGGGAUUCUUUACGAGAUUUUGAGCCAUGACUUCGCAUCAGCCAUUAAAGGUAAAGGUGCGAGUAAAGCGGAGGAAGCUAGCUUGAGAGCGGAGACGCUCUCCUCGUCUCUGGUAUUGGCUUUGCUUUCUAACAUCCAGGAUAUUGAUGUGUAUAACCGUAUACCUACGUCUAUUUUGAAGACGUACAUCUCGAAACCUCUGUAUCGCGGUGGUCUUUGGGCGUACAUGUCACUACCCUGUCUGUUGAGCCGAGCAUCUGCUGAAGAUGCUACAGCAACCGAACGCAGGGGACGUAUGCAGCUUGCUGCAGAAAAUGGCCUUCAUCCGAUCAGCGGUGUUACAAUUCUUGCCCUUCUCCGUGCUUUGCAUUACAUGAAGGCGGAUCAUUUUUUGCUCCCCGUAUGUGUUGCGCUCUGCAAGGAAUAUAUGGCAACCCGCAAUGAUGCGAGUGAGUUGGCACAUGUGAUCCAUUAUGGUUCUAUGUCCGGUGCCCUAUCCCAAGAGUUCAUCACUCAAUACGUCAAUGGCCAUUUUAACAAUGUCAGCGUACUGGGUACAAUGUCAGGCGAGGAUCUCGUUUUAUUACUGGGCAGUUUUGAGGACGGUUCUUCGCUCAGCAUGCUAUCUUUGAGAAAGGCGUUACUGGUUCUGGCCGAUGAAGUCGAGAUGUUGAGUGCGGAAUGUACGCUCUGUUUGCUCUGGGUUUUGGUCAAGCUGCGUUACGACUUCGAGGCUAAUAGUCAAUUCACUCGUCAACUAUUGUACCGUCUGGCAUUGGUAAUUGACGAUCUUCCCCUUAGCAGUCUGGUUUUGGUAUGCACGCUAGCGUUUGUUCGCUGCGAUUUUCCUCACUUCAACCAGGUGCUGGACAGUGUACUGCUGAAGUUUCACCUGAUUGAGCAGACUACCUUGAUCCUCAUUGGCGCGGCCUACGCGUUUUCCCGGCACCUGUUGUCUCAUAGUGAUGCAGUCGGAUUGGGAGAACCGCGCAGCGGCCAUGUGCACGACUGCUUGGAAUAUUAUGUUAAGGAGCAUCUGUGGCAAGUGCUUGUCGAAUACGACGGUCUUUCAUCUUUCCUUUGUGAUUCCCUUGCUCUGUCACUAAAGAAUUCGGAACCUAUCAAGUCCGUUGACAGCACGUUCCCGCGUAGUCGUGCUCCUACGCAACGUAGCUCUCACAAGUCUAUCACUCCUACUCAAUCUGGCUCAUCAUUUUCUCAAGACAUCAAGAAUUCUCAGUCUUUUAGCGGUUUAACAGCGUCAGCGAACUCUUCCAAGUUGUAUUACUUGAACCUGGUUGAAGACUGUUGCCUCCGUUACGACGAUUUGGAUUUUGACUCUUUAUGUCUUUUGCUGUUCUCUCUUCUUGUUUCUCACAUCGACGUAUCUCCGCUUUAUAACGCUAUGCUGGUAUCUCAGGGCUUGAUGCUGCGUAAAGCACACAACCCGGUUCAGAUCCAAGAGACGCGUGAUUCCGACGUUUCACGUCAAUACGAGAUGUGUUAUGCGAUUUUACAUCAUGCUCAGCAUCCUGAGGAAAUUGAGUCUCCUCUUCAGUUCGGGUCUAUCCGAUCGCAUUGCUCUAGCGUCGGAGAAGACACCGAAGAGGUAGAAGCAACUGCUAUCUCGCCUUCUGCUACGGCAGCUCCACCUGUUGUUUUAGAAGGCCCUGAAGUUGACUCAGUAGCUCCAGCCUUGUCAGAACUCAUUACAAGUAGUGAAGAUGCGGACUCUCAUAGCACGCCAGAAAGAGCCGAUUCGGUACCUCCGGCAGCAGUGCCGCCGUCGGGAAUUCAAAUGGACCAAGACGUAUUACUUGCGCUGGCAGCGUUGACUGCAGCGCUUAAAGUGAAGGAUCGUCCGGUGACUAUGACAGCUAAGGAUGUGCUACGUAUCUGUAAAACUGUAUUGGAGUCUGGAAAGAUCUGUCGACAGACCCAAGCGUUUGGCAGUGAGAACGACCCAGAGGAAAUACUAGCCCAAUCGGCUCAGAAGGAAACUAAAGAAGUAAGUAAUGAGCGAUCAGCGCCCCGUAGCGUAUGGAGGGACAAACGGGUAUGGCGUACUGGUGCAUACCCUGUCAACGAGGUCAAGAAAUCUACGUCUCAUUCAAGUAGUUCCGAUAUUGAUGGCCCGUAUCAGGUUAUGUACAUGAUUCGUCCAGUGUGUCGUCACCGGGCGACUUUGGUGAAGCAUCGCGUAUCCAUCCGCUACACCUAUGUUAAGGUGCACAGACGCCGACGUUGA